AUGGCGGUGGAGAUUCCUCGAUUCACUCGUGCUAAGAUGGAGAUCAGUCGUGAAUCGUACAACUACCCUGCAGUGAACCCAAUCAAACAGGAUCUCUUCAAAGAUGGUUCCCUGCGCGAGUAUCCCGGAGCUAUAUACUGGAACUACGGCGCGGCUCCACAGACGUUCGAGGACCCGAAUGUCGAGGAGGAAGUGGGUCUCUAUGGCGAUGGAGAUCCUUUAGACUUGAUAGAAGUGGGCCGACCAGCGACUCAGUAUCAUACAGGCCAAAUAAUCAGCGUUAAAAUUCUGGGAGCCCUGGGCCUCGUCGAUGGGGGAGAGGCUGACUGGAAAAUCAUCGUUAUAGCGACCGACGAUCCGUUGUUCGACCGGAUUAACGAUAUAAAUGAUUUGGAAUCAGCUUAUCCCAAUACCAUUUCGGGUAUCAGAGAGUGGUUCAGGUGGUAUAAAUAUCCAACGCAUGGCGUCAUCAACUCCUUUAUGCACGGUGGUCAGCCUUUGAACCGUCGUAAAGCUGUCGAUCUUGUUGCUCGGACUCACGUUAUGUGGAAGCGCCGUUUCUCACCCGAUUCCGAGUCCUAUGGAGUGUGA